AUGGCGUGUUACGUCUCAGGAAUUGCUUUCAUCACCGGGGGCGGCUCUGGGAUUGGUAGGAGUACCGCUCUUGCUUUCGCGAAAGGCGGCAUCCAGGGGCUGGCUCUAGUGGAUGUCAAUCUCCAAUUGCUCGAACAUACUCGAGAUGAGAUCCGCAGUCAAUACCCCCUGAUUGAUGUGGAGAUCCUGGACGCAAACGUUGCCGAUGAAGCAUCCGUCGACGCAGCAGUGCGAAAGACGGUAGAACGCUUUGGUCAUAUUGAAAUUGGUGUCAACUGCGCCGGUAUCAGUGGGACGCCAACACCUACACAUGAGAUGCCCCUGCAAGAGUGGCAGAAGGUCAUCGGCAUCAACCAGACGGGCGUGUGGUUGUGUCAAAGGGCUCUGGUUCGGCAGAUGUUGACUCAAGAAUCGCAGGGUCUUCGUGCUGGUCGUGGGGUGAUUGUGAAUGUCUCAUCCAUGUUCGGUAUCGGUGGACCUCCCGGGCCCUUCAGUAUUCCGCAUUAUACAGCAGCGAAGCAUGCGGUGAUUGGCGUGACCAAAAUGGACGCCAAAGCAUACGCGCGCGAAGGGAUCCGAGUCAACGCAAUCUGUCCUGGGUUCGUCGACACCCCAAUUCUCAGCGCUCAGAUUCAGUCAGGGUCGAUGGAUUCCCAAUUUCAGAUGACGCCAGUCGGUCGCCCUGCCCAGGUCGAAGAAAUUUCGGAUGCGGUGCUUUUCCUUGCCUCUCCCAUGAGUAGCUACAUGUGCGGAGCCACGUUGGUGGUGGACGGAGGGUAUACUGUAUAG